GAACUACGUCAUUGAUCUGCGCCAUAAUACGUUACAAACGGCGUGAACGGGGCGCUCGCGAAAACAAUCUCGACGUGUUAAAGGUUUGUCUUAAAGUAUAAGGUGUUUUUCGGGAAAAGAGCUUCAGCCAUGGCGAUGCAAGCAGCCAAGCGAGCGAAUAUUCGCUUACCUCCAGAGGUGAACAGGAUACUGUACAUACGUAACCUUCCAUACAAGAUCACAGCAGAAGAGAUGUACGAUAUCUUCGGGAAGUAUGGUCCAAUUCGGCAGAUUAGAGUCGGGAACACACCAGAGACCAGGGGGACUGCCUACGUAGUCUAUGAGGACAUCUUUGAUGCCAAGAAUGCCUGUGACCACCUUUCCGGAUUCAACGUUUGCAACAGAUACCUGGUUGUUUUGUACUACAACGCGAACAGAGCAUUCCAGAAAAUGGACACGAAGAAAAAAGAAGAGCAGCUGAAACUUCUCAAGGAGAAAUAUGGCAUAAAUACGGACCCCCCGAAGUAACGCGAUGAUUAUCCCUCUGCUCCCCAAGUGAACACUUUUAAACAAGAACGCAAAUAAGCCACAUUUUUUGUACAGCUAAUUUACCUUAACUUUUAUGUAAUAAACACUGAGUUGUUAAGAUGUUUUUUUUUUUUUCUCCUGCUAUAAAGCUUUUUAUUUGUACAAGUGAUGUACCACCAGAUGGUUAUUUAGGAUUUUUACUCUGACUUUUGGUUUAAAAUGGCUGGUUUGUAAUUGGGUUUUAUUGUGAAUUCAUGAAUAAAUUUACCACCGAUGAGACAGA